AUGAGCAAGCGCUCGCUCGACCCCAUGGAUGCGCACCCGGAGCCCUUCGAGCACAACGGCCUGCAUCCCCAGGACCUGCUCUCGGCCGAUGAACAGGAGCACUCCCACCCCGGUCCGUCCAAGAGGCCCCGGAACUUCAUUGCCUCUGUCGCAUGCGAGACUUGUCGGUUGAAGAAGACAAGAUGCGAUGAGUCGAGGCCGAAAUGUGGGCUGUGCAAGUCGUUAGGUUUGGACUGUGUCUACAAGGAGCGCAAAUCAUCCAAACGAGAUCAAUCGCUCUCCAUGAUCAUGAGCACGCUCCACCGGCUCGAGACUAAGCUAGAGUGCAUUCCCUCGUCCAUCUUGAAUGAUCUGCGCGACCAGGCCCAACCAGACCUCAGUGAGCCCCGAGGACCACCAGCCAAGUCCACACCAGCAGCAUCAAAAUCUACCCCCGCCACCGCGAGGGAGACAGAAGAUGACUUUGACUUCGAAGAAGCAAACAACACCACGCCCGACUCCGCAGGCCGGGUCUCCAUCUCAUUCAGUCAGCACGGCGUGAUUCUCUGGCCCGGUGCUCGCCAGAUCCUGCCGGACUCACUCCUCACAGCGCACGAGCGGCUGGGCAAGAACUAUGUCAUCGAACUCGAAUCAACGCGGGACUACCUACCCAUGUUCUCCGGCCCGUUCCCGCUGCAGGCCGGCGAGCACUGGCUGGAGGUUCUGCCACUGGCCCUGGUCAAGGGUCUGUCGGAUGCAUUUUUCGCCGUGUUCAACCCCUUCACGCCCAUCAUGGACAAGACGUUUUUCUUUUCUUUUACGCUUGGCUCCGCCAUCGAGAGCGGCUUUGGGUAUACCGUCGAAAGCUGCCUGGUGCUCAAUGUUCUGGCCCUCGGGUGUCUUGCUGUUCUGGCGCACCGGGAAGGCGACUAUCCCCUGCCGGGAUCUCAGGGUCACGGUUUUGAGGAUCCGGAGUGGAUGAAUGUCGUCUAUGAAGAACAGCCGGGCCUGCGGUUCUUCAAUGAGGCGAGGCGACGCAUUGGGUUCUUGAUGUGCGAUAAUGAUAUUCAGAGCUGCCAGUUCUAUCUCCUCUCUUCUGUAUAUUACAGCCAGAUUCUCCGUCCAAUGGACUCCUGGGCCAUGAUCCACCGCGCAGCGACAUGCUGCCUAUCCAUGCUGACCAAUCACGACGUGAACUACGACGAAUGGGAAGGCGACAUGAAAUCGCGCGUGUUCUGGAACACGCUGAUGAACGAGACCAUCCUGGUGCAAGAGCUCCAUCUCCCGCCGAGCGGUCUCUCCCGCCUCGAAGAACUCGUCCCCAUCCCUAAAUUCAUCGGCUUCGAGACGACGGGAUACGUCUCGACCCGAUACGCAUCCACCAGCGUCGUCGACGACUCCUACUUUCAGUAUCAUUUCCUGGCUCAGGUUGCACACCGGAUUAUCCUGACGCGGAUUCGGCAUUCGCUCUACUUCUACUCCGACUCAGGAAAUUUCCCUCUCCCAGCCGUCAACGCCGAACUCAACCACCAACUCGAACAAUGGCGCACUAACCUCCCCACCGCCAUCCAAUUCACCGACCAUCUGCCCCCAUCCCCAUCCAGCAACCUCCAAUCCCAAUCUCCCGCUCCAUCCCCUCUGAACCCCAUCUCCCACCACAAUCACCACCUCCAGCACAAUCGCCCCCUCUCCCCCGCCACAGCAGUGAUAGACGCCAUGCUCCGGGGCCGAUACAUGAUCGCCCGUUUCCACAUCGGCCGGCCAUAUCUGUACAAAGCACUGCGCACGCCAUCCUUGUUAACAGACGAGGACUUCGAGCAGGUGAAGAGCGGCCUGCGGAACGCGAUGGACUGGCCCGUCACGCAGGGCAUUUUCCGGGAGAUGAAGAGUUGCAUUCCUAUCAAAUUUGCUUUUUGUUCUCAGUUCUUCGGCCAAAUCCUCCUCUUCUACUGCAUCGCCCACUCCCCCAGCCCGCGCGUGCGCGACACACUCCCUGCUGGCUGGGAGCGCUGGAACGAGGAGAUGAUGCGGUUUCUGGAAGACUGCGCGCCGCAUAGUCCGGCUGUUGCGCAGGAUCUGGAGUUGCUGCGCGAGCUGUGGCCGGCUCAUGACUGA